AUGAAAGCCAGUGCAUAUUGCCAAAGCCGGGGAAGAACUCUACGCGUCAUUUUUCUAGCUAUUCUGCUCUUUGUUCUUGGUUAUUCCUCCAACAGGCUCCAACUGCAAUGGCAGAGGUAUGGUGUACCUAAGAGCAGCAACACACGCACACUAUCGAGCAAACCGGAAGGUGUCACAGUCAGCGGUCUAGUUUUCUAUGGCCGAAAGGAUAGAGCCAUAUGUAUGUACUGCUACCUGCAGCGAAAUAUGGCCGACCAGGGCGGGUGGCUCGACGAGGUGCUCUGGAUUGUUAAUACAGAUCGUGAAGACGAUCUUCAGUACCUUGAAGAUAUCAUAGCCAGCAAUCCAACAAGACAUAAGAAAUUAAGGAUUCCGGGCGAAAAGUUGAAUACGUAUACCUACUACAAAGCCUGGCAGCACCUAGAGCGCGGCAAGUAUUAUGUCAAAAUCGACGACGAUAUUGUAUGGUUCGACGACGAUGCGAUCCCUCAACUAGUCACACGGAAAAUCAACUAUCCAAAUGACUUUGUCGUAUCUGCUAAUAUUAUCAAUAAUCCUCCGCUUGGGUUUCUGCACUAUCAUUCGGGUGCCCUACAUCCAUAUCUGCCCGAGACGGUGCAGCCUGAUUAUGUUCCAGAAUCGUGGAAACCCUCCCAGCACGGUUUCUGGCAGGGAGCUGACAACCUCAUCUGGGACCUCAAGCUGGAUCCACCGUACGCUGGUCAUAGAUGGUUGCGGCUCAAAGAGCAAGAUAUUGUGCGGACUCCGGUAUCCAAACUUAGUUAUGAGGUCUGGGGUGAUAGCUAUGCUAGCUGGGCUAUCGCUGCGCAGAUGCAUCUUUCCCUGCUCGAAAAUAUCGAGGCCAACACGUUACAUCUUUACAAGUUCGAAAACCCCUGGAUCAUGCACGGAGAGCGGAUCAGAAUCAAUUUCAUGUGUAUCUACGCCGACGAUAUUCUAGAUACGGUUGUCGAGGACUGGCCUCGCAACCGCGGGGAUGAAGAUAUGAUAGUGCUCGAUCUACCAGAACGGCUACGCCGCCCAGUAGUGGUUGAAGGAAAUGCGCUUGCCGCGCAUCUCCAAUACGUAGACCAGCCUGGUGUAGCGGGAACUGAUGUGUUGUUGCGGUACCGACUUCUGGCCAGAGAUCAAGGCUGUCUAUAA